AUGAAUCGCUUCAGGCAAAAAGUGCAUGAACAGCUCUCGCGCGCUAAAGACCCCUCAAAGUCUUCAAAGUCAAAAAACAAAGAUUCCAAGGACGGCACAUCGUCCCCAUCACAAUCCAGUUCUUCGAGAGACGCGGGUCAGUCGCCCGUUGCGACGCCAUCUUCUUCAACCACAACACUGAGCGAUCCUCGAAACAAACCUCUUCCCCCAAACGAUGGAGGCGCUUCGAGCCCCGCACCGCAGCCUCAAUCUGGUUCAAUCGGAUCGCUAAACCCCAGCCACAGUACACUGUCCGCUCCAGAUCGGUUCAAUUCCACGAUGAAUGUCAGCCCUGCAAACUCUUCCGGGCCAGGAACGCCAAAUAGGCAUGGCCCUCCUAGUGUUGUCAUCAGCCCUAGCACACCUCAUAUUCCACCCCCCGGAGCGGCCGAGACAAUGCCUCAAGACCUUGCGCCGCCAAAAGCUGGACAAAAGUCACUGAUGUUCCAUGGAUUAUCGACCACACCAAAAGAUGUGCCAGAAGGGCUCAGGACUCCCAAGAGGCAGCACUCGUCGAGAUUCGAUAUCUCACCCCAGCGCGAACUUGAAAAGCUUCCUGGCUUCCACGAAGUCCCCCCAAACAGGCGCCAGGAGUUGUUCAUGCAAAAGAUCGACCAGUGUAACGUCAUUUUCGAUUUCAAUGAUGCUAGUGGUGACAUGAAAUCGAAGGAAAUUAAGAGAUUGGCAUUACAUGAACUAUUGGAUUAUGUUGCAAACAACAGACAAGUCAUUACGGAGUCUAUGUAUCCAAGAGUAGUCGAGAUGUUCAGCAAGAACCUGUUUCGACCCAUUCCCCCACCCAUGAAUCCGCAAGGCGAAGCAUUCGACCCGGAAGAGGACGAGCCAGUACUUGAAGUCGCUUGGCCACAUAUACAAGUCGUUUACGAGUUCUUCCUUAGAUUCAUCGAGAGUCAGGACUUCAAUACCAACAUUGCUAAGGCAUAUAUCGACCACAGCUUUGUUCUCCAGCUUUUAGAAUUGUUCGAUUCAGAGGACCCCCGAGAACGUGAUUUCCUGAAAACGACCCUUCACCGAAUUUAUGGUAAAUUUUUGAACCUGCGUUCGUACAUCCGGAGAUCGAUCAACAAUGUCUUUUUCCAGUUUAUUUACGAAACAGAGAGGUUUAAUGGUAUUGCUGAGCUGCUAGAGAUCCUUGGCUCUAUCAUCAAUGGCUUUGCACUACCCCUGAAGGAAGAGCAUAAACUCUUCUUGACGCGAGUCCUUAUUCCGCUCCACAAGGUCAAGAGCUUGAGCAUGUACCAUCCCCAGCUUGCGUACUGUAUCGUCCAGUUCUUAGAAAAGGAUGCCGCCUUGACGGAAGAGGUUGUACUUGGUCUGCUUCGAUACUGGCCCAAGGUAAACAGCACCAAAGAAGUCAUGUUUCUCAACGAAGUUGAAGACAUCUUUGAGGUCAUGGAUCCAGCCGAGUUUGCCAAGGUUCAGGAACCCCUGUUUCACCAACUCGCCAAAUCUGUUGCCAGCCCGCAUUUCCAAGUUGCAGAGCGAGCCCUUUAUUUCUGGAACAAUGAAUACUUUUGCAACCUGGUCAGCGACAAUGUCGAGAUCAUCUUGCCGAUCAUGUUUGCUCCACUCUACGAAAACUCGAAGGGUCAUUGGAAUAGAACAAUCCAUGGUAUGGUUUAUAACGCCAUGAAAUUAUUCAUGGAAAUUAAUCCUCAGCUCUUCGACGAUUGUUCCCACGACUACACCGAGCAUCAAAAUAACGCCGAGGCACGAGAGCAGGCAAGGGAAAACAAAUGGAAGGCCCUUGUAGAUCAAGCGAAUCGAUCAAAUACUAACGGUGUUGUCCGUCCUGGGGCCAUCUCAUCACCAUCUCGGAACAAGGUCUCUGCCCCGUUGAGGAUUGAUGAAGUCGAUCCAAUAACGGAGGAUAACCAAAAGAGAUUAGAUUCGCUAAAGCUUCAAGACGCGGAUAGAAGAGAUCGAAGACCAACUCACGAUCGACAAAAUUCGGUAGGCUCCUCCAGAAGCCAGCGAUGA